GAAGGCAGGAGGGGGGAGGAGGUGCAGCCGUAGACGGGUACGUUCCACCCACCUGCUCAUACGCCUAGGGGCCUGGAAACAGAGCAGAACCGAAUUGAUGACAUAGAGAGGAGCACGAAAUAAGACGGAGGGACGCAUUUUCCAAUGUCGGGUGGGCAGAUAGUGCGGUUGGUCGGAAGGAUAUUCAAUCAGAAACUGCAAAAUAUUUAAUGGUAUUGCACAAAGGGAGAGGACGACUGUAAAGGAAUUUUAUUUAGCAACGUUUCAAGAGCUCCGCUGGAAUUUUGAUAUGAAAUAACCAAGGAAAACGGAAGCCAGGUGGUUAUAAAUAUAAAUAUCAAGAUUUCCAGCCCGAAAACAUUUCUUCGAAGGAGCACGUUAUAAGGAGUGCUGGAGAGACCGGAGAAAGGGGAAGUCUGUUGCGUACAGAUAGUUAAACUCUCAGAAUAAACCAUGCUGCCCCUAAUGCUCACUGCCACGCUGUGUGUCACCUUCCUGCACCUGUCUACAGGACUGCCCUCUGCUUCAGAUGAACUGGGUGACCAUGGUGAUGGAGUUCCUGUGACCUCUGACCCUCCCCAGCAGCAGCCCUCACAAUCCCAGACCUCUGUCCCACAGUCCCUCCGGGAGCUCCUCCACGCUGCUCUCCUCAGCAAGGAGUAUCUCGGCCACACCCCUCUCCCUGCUGCUCUCUCGCUGCUCACAGGAGCGACGGACAGUCCCACGCGAGCGGCCCCGUCCGUCCGUGCCGAUGACCCGCCGCCCGCCGCCAUGUCGCCCGGGGUGCUCACCACGGCUGAGACCUCAUCUGCGACAGCGCCCCAAGCCGCCCGGGCCAGCGCGGGAAGUGCGGUGACAUCACUUCCUGCGGAAGAGGAAACGACGACGACUCUGAUUACCACCACGACGAUCACCACGGUGCAGGCGCCUGUGCAGUGCAACGCCAGUCUCUAUGGGAUGGAGGGAGUGGUGGAGUCUCCAGAUCCUCCCCCCUCUUCCUCAUCCCUCCUUCCUCCUCUGGAAUGCACGUACAGCAUCACCGUCUACCCUGGUUACGGGGUCGAGAUUCAGGUGAAGAGGAUGAACCUAUCCAAAGGCGAGAUUCUGGCCAUCCGGGAACUGGAGGGGACGGCAUCGGAGCUCCUGGCCAACGAGACGCUGAUGAGCGAGGGUCAGGUGAUACGGAGCUCGACCAAUCGGGUCCAGAUUCACUACCGCAGCCUGUGGCCCACCGGCCCCGGCGUCUUCAGCCUGCGCUACCGAGCCUUCCUGCUCUCCUGCACUUUCCCUCCCUCGCCUGCGGGGGGCAGCGUGACGGUGACCGGCCUGCACCCCGGAGGGCGUGCACACUUCCACUGUGACCCCGGGUUCCAGGUCAGAGGUCACGAGGCGGCCACCUGCCUCAACUCCACGCGACCUCGCUGGAGCUCCUCUGGACCGCAGUGCGUCGCAGCGUCAUGCGGGGGCUGGAUCAGGAACGCCACCGUCGGCUGGAUCCUCUCUCCUCCGCAGCCUCCCGCCGGUAACCAUAGCGGCGGCGGGGGCGGGGUCGGGGGCGGGGGCAACCUGAGCUGCACGUGGGUGUUGGAGGCGAGGCGGGGACGCCGGCUCCACCUGCACUUCCAGAGGCUCAGCAUGGACGAGGACUACGGCAGAUUGAUGGUGCGCAGCGGGAACAGCUCCGCCUCCCUCCUGGUCUUCGACUCGGACCUGGACGACGUGCCGGAUCGAGGGGUCCUGAGCAUGGGCUCGUCUCUGUACGUGGACCUGACCGCCGAUUCCGCCGCCAUCCCGCUGGUCCUGGCGCUGCGCUACGAGGCUUUUGAUGGGGACCACUGUUACGAGCCCUAUCUGGCACAUGGCAACUACAGCAGCAGCGACCUCACUUCCUCCCUGGGAACGGUCGUCUCCUUCUCCUGCUCCCCCGGCUUCGUCAUGGAGCAGGGGUCGGGGGUCAUCGAGUGCGUCGACCCCAGCGACCCGCACUGGAACGAGAGCGAGCCGGUGUGCCGAGCGCUCUGCGGAGGGGAACUGACUGAGCCUUCGGGAACGGUGCUGUCGCCCGAUUGGCCGCUGAGCUACUCCAAGGGCCAGGACUGCGUCUGGUUGGUCCACGUCGGUGAGGACAAGCGCAUCGAGCUGGAUGUGCAGAUUUUGAACAUUCGCCAAAAUGACAUGCUCACCAUAUUCGAUGGCCAUGACCUCAUGUCACGCGUGAUUGGCCAGUACUUGGGGUCCAGGGAGCGCUUCCAGGUCGUGUCAGGGGAGUCGGAGGUCAUGAUUCAAUUCCAGAGCGACCCCGACGACGGCUCCUUCUUCCAAACCAAAGGAUUCAGGAUUCAAUACCGUGAGGUGGAGCGCAAUGACACGUGCCCUGCCGUUCCUCCAAUCGAGUUUGGCUGGAAGAGCUCGUCCCACCCCUCGCUGGUGAGGGGCAGCGUGCUGACCUAUCAGUGUCAGCCUGGGUAUGACAUGGUCGGCCCUGACAUCAUCGCCUGCCAAUGGGAUCUCUCCUGGAGCAGUAGCCCUCCCACCUGUCAGAAAUCUCCGGAACCUCGGCAGUGUCCCGACCCGGGGGACGUGCCGAACGGGGUGCGCUCCGUCCGCCCCGAGCCGGGCUUCGCCACGGGGACGGUGGUGCGCUUCUCCUGUAACCUGGGUUACGAGCUGGAGGGCCCCGCCCACAUCUCCUGCCUGGGUGGCGAGGCAGGAGAGCCGAAAUGGAGUGAAAAAAGUCCAAAGUGUGUCUUGAAGUACGAGCCUUGUCCGAACCCAGGCGUCCCUCACAACGGCUAUCAGACGCUCAACAAGCGCAGCUACCGGCCGGGGGAGUCCCUCCACUUCUUCUGCUUUGAGGGCUACGAGCUGAUCGGGGAGGUCUCCAUCAACUGCCUCCCCGGACACCCCUCCCAGUGGAACAGUCCGCCUCCGUUCUGCAGAGCUGUAGCUUAUGAAGAACUGUUGGAUGGCCCCAAGCAGGAAUUCUUCAGGUCGACGGUCCCGUCGCACCAGAUUAAGAAGAAGAACAGCGCGUUCGCGAUCGUCCUGCCGGUCAUUCUGCUGAUCUGUCUGAUCGGGGGGGUCUACAUGUACUACGCCAUAGCGUGCAGGCAGCCCGGGAGGCCGCGCUUCCGGAAGCCUCUGUCCCACAGGCACGCCUACAGCCCCAUCUCCGUGAAGACCGACUUCAGCAACUCCGUCUACGAGGCGGCGGACACGAGAGAGUAUGAAGUAUCGAUCUGAGAGCCGAAUGACUCCUGAGAGAGAAAGGAAGGAAUGAGGAAGAACGACUGGGAGAGAGGCACUUUCUUUUUCCCACCAGUUGCUUUCUUUCCCCUCAUACUCGCUGCUCCAUCUCACGCCAUCCUUUUUUAUCCUCUUUGCUCCCUUUUCUCAGUCUGUCUGUUCCUGUAAAACUGCUCUGUCUGUCGGUCUGUUUGUCUGUCGGUCUGUCUGUCUGUUGGUCUGUCAGUCUGUCUACGUUUGACUGCUUCAGUUAGUUUUGUCUGUAGCUGGCUGUCAGUGAUUAAAGCGAGGUUUGGUGAUGAAUUGCUAUCUUCAGCAUAGCAUCAGGACUGAGGGGCUGCUGGGUGGCUCAUCAGGUUAAGGCACCUCGCUGCAGUUCGGGUAAGACCCCCAUGUUUCGGUAUCGUAUCUGAGCCAGGCCAGUGCCAAAUGUGGGCGGCAGGCUGGCAGGGCCAUGUGCAGUCGGCUCUGGCAUUGCCCAGAGACGGCAGGGUUUCAGCUGGCCAAGGUGAACGCAUUACAUCGCUCAUCAGCGACCCCUGCGGGCAGUUUGGGCCCCCAGACAUCUGCCAGACAUAAGCUAAACUUGAAGUGUCUUCCUCCAGCUCGUGUCUAUGUGAGCGCGUCUUGCAGUUUGAAUGAGAAGCUAACAGCUGCAGUCACGUGCUGCAGCAAAGAGCGCAUGCUAGCGAGGUACUAGUGAGGUGCUAGCCCACGGUGCUAGCGAGGUGCUAGUGAGGUGCUAGCCCACGGUGCUAGCGAGGUGCUAGCCCACAGUGCUAGCGAGGUGUUAGCCCACAGUGCUAGCGAGGUGUUAGCCCGAGGUGCUAGCGAGGUGCCAGCUCGAGGUGCUAGCGGAGUCUAUGGCAGUGAGCAUUAAUGUAGAUGCUGAUGGGCGUUCCAAAUUAGGGAGAAAAACUGAAGGGGGGGGGAAAGCAUUAAAAAAACAACUAAUACGUCAGAACUGGGGCCUUUUGGGAACAGAAAGUUAAAAGAAACGGGUGAAACAAAGAA